UAACGAGGGUUAAAAAGUAGCCCUUUCACGGAGUGAGAAAGGACACGUGUGGAGGCUGGGAAAGCACACAAAGAGUCAGUGUGUGGCCGCUGGAGCGGCGACGUCAGUGUCUGUGUGUGUGAGCUCUGAGCGGAGCCGGUCAGGGCAGCAGCGUCACUCCCCGACGGCGGCAUCGCAGCAGCGCGGACGGACUCGCUCGCUCUCCCAGCCCGGCGGAAGGACACCUCGCAGGGCAGCAGCGGUUCUCCGGUGCGGGGGGACUCAGCGCUCCUGGAGCUCAGGUGAACCCGCAACUCUGCUCAAACCCUGCAGGUGAUACCCAAGACCUCAAGACUUGAACAAACACAUAAUGGUGAUUUCCAGAGUGGCAUCCCUCAGAAGGACAUCGCUGGCUGUGCACACAGAGAUCAGAUGUUUGCAUUGAAGAGGAGCACACGGGAGAGGAGGUAGUAACAGGUGCCGCGUUCCAAGGUGAAUUUGGAGGUGUGGGAAAGAGCUGAAGACCAUGGGUAAAUCAAACAGCAAGCUCAAGCCAGAGGUGGUGGAGGAGUUGACAAGGAAGACUUACUUUACGGAGAAGGAGGUGCAGCAGUGGUACAAAGGCUUCAUUAAGGAUUGUCCAAGUGGGCAGCUGGACGCCGUGGGCUUUCAGAAGAUAUAUAAGCAGUUUUUUCCAUUCGGAGAUCCAACGAAGUUUGCUUCAUUUGUCUUUAACGUUUUCGAUGAAAAUAAGGAUGGACGCAUUGAGUUCUCCGAGUUCAUCCAGGCCUUGUCAGUGACCUCCAGGGGAACUCUGGAUGAAAAACUGAGAUGGGCUUUUAAAUUAUAUGAUCUUGACAACGAUGGCUACAUAACUCGUGAUGAGAUGUUGAACAUCGUCGAUGCCAUAUAUCAAAUGGUGGGGAACACUGUGGAGUUACCAGAGGAAGAAAACACACCAGAAAAACGUGUGGACCGCAUUUUUGCAAUGAUGGACAAGAAUGCAGAUGGGAAGCUGACACUGCAGGAGUUUCAGGAAGGUUCAAAGGCAGACCCCUCUAUUGUUCAGGCACUGUCACUCUACGAUGGACUUGUGUAGACAUGUCAGAUGAGUCCAGUUCAGCAUCCUGUUGCCAGUCAACAUCAUCACACCUGUUCUGGGAGGAAGCUUCAUGUAUCCCAUCGCCCACAAGUGGACUACAAACCUGUGCCGCAUGGCCGUAUGACAUCUGUGUCACUUCUUUGUUCAUGCAUAUUUCCAGUAAGGACAGUGAACGAAAUCGUUACCUGAUGCUGACGGAGGACUCAAGCGUGUCAUCUAUCUGUGCUUUGUCAACUAUGUAGCACACCAUUGAGUGUCGUGGACAGUGUUUGAACAACUCUGGUGUUUCACUACUCCCAUCGACAAUCUGAGGACAUUUCCACAAAAGGUUUUCAUUCGCAACUUGUCCAUAUGCUGCAAAGCAUUAGAUGCACGUGACGUGCUCAGAGGAACUGCUGCUUCUUCCCCACAUGGAGAGUUUUUAAAUCCCUUUCUGCAAAAUGUGUAACUUGGUGGUAAUAUGAACAGUGACGAAAAAGUUACAAAGCAGUGUAGUGUACAUUAUACCAUGUAAAAAUAACGGUAAUUUAUUUUUUGCUUUGCUGCAUUUAUGAGAAUUUCCUCAUAAAUAUGGAAUUGAGUUUUAUUUUUUAUCAAAAGUGUUGAAAUGUAUUGCACUGUAUUUUUUUCAUUAUUGGAUUCAUGAUUGGGUUGUUACUUUUCUCCUAUCAUGAAGGUACGUUUUCUCGAGAGAAUAAUGCUUGUUUGAAGGGGAAUGUUUAGAUAGUUUUAUAUGGAUUAUUUUACUACGUUUGCGCCCCCAUUGUUGUCUUCCCCCUUUUCGCAUGAGUGUGUAGUGACGGCCGCGUUGCACAGUUACAUCCUGAACGACACGACCACAACACAGCAAAUUCACAACUUUACAUCAGAAUUGAGGCUGAGGGUUUGUUUGAGUGUGUCAAACAAAGCUCCGGUCGCUGAGGCUCUAACGCACAUCCGUUCAGGUUAUAAAGCUUUUGCAGGUGAUGUGGUCGUGGCUUUUCUGUAAGGUAUUUGCCCUAUGUGAGGGCAGCGCAUGUCAUGAUGCCAUUUCUAUUUUUUAAUGGAUUAUUUGUUUAGAUGUUUAUAAUCAGCUUCAUUGAUAUUUCAUGCCUUAUGCAAUCUAUGAUUUACUUAACUUAAAAGUGUUAUCUGUUUAACGGUAUAAGAGCACAGAUUAAAAUGCAUUUAAGUGGUUAACAUUUCUAUUACUGUAUUUUUAGUUUGAUAGAAAGCAGUGUGGCAUUAUUAUAAUUUUUUUUGUAUAACAGUGUUUUGGAUCAUUUUAAGAGGCCAGCUUUGUAGAAUAAGUAUUGCUCACAUGUUUCUUUGUAAAAUUGGACACUUCUCUGAAGAUAAGUUGCACAGAUGGUCAUACAUUAUACUAUAAAUGAAAUCUUCUCUCAGCCCAGUGUUCAAGUGUCAUACACCACUAUUAAUGAAAGGUGUCAUGUCAAGCUGUAGUGCCUGUAAAGCUUUGCAACACAGAAUCUAACUGGCCAUCUUGCUCUGUGGUGUAAGCCUGCACUGUAUGGAUCUGUAAUGAACAAACUACAUGAAACUGUGACGUCUGGGCAUCGAUGGGAGACUUAAUGAGACUGGAGGGCAUGUGAAGUCGUGGGACUGACUGAUCUGCCCAGACCUGCCUCUCCUUGUCUUAUCAAGGACAGAUGCAAGUGAUAUGAAGAGGACGCAUCCAGAGUUUUGACCGGAGACUGUUCUGUCCUUUGGGAACAACCUUGAUUCUUUUUUGUAUCUGCAGCAUGUGCUACUAAAAGUGCAGUAAAUCACAAGUGUGUUUUGAA